AUGGAGACCGCUUUCAAGCGCAAACCCCUGCCGGGCCCUCCGCCAGGUCCGCCGCCGCCUCCGGAUUUUGACCCCUUUCCCCAACGUCAACGCCCUCUCCGCGCCGCUCGGUCGACGCCAAACAUUCGGCAGUCUGUAGCGACAUCAAUCUACGAUCCACCGCCAGCGUAUGAGGAGUUCCCUGUAGUCGACGCUAACAGUCGCCUGGCUUUCGCCGCUCCUGUACCGGACUUCAGACCUGGGAGGAUUCCAUCGCCAGGUCCUGCAAUCCCAGCACCACACUUUUCUCCCAGUGUUUCUCCCGUUGCUGCUCACAAAGAUUACCUACCUUAUCGACCAUCACCAUCGCCAUCACCGUCGCUUGUAGCAGGUGGUAAGGACUCGCCCGCGCCGUCCAUUCCAGGGCCAUCCUUUCCUGGCCCUUCAACAGCCCAAACGUUUCCGGUGGCAGGUCAUCGUCCUUCUCCAUCGCCCACACCGUCUAGCCCUGGAUCUCUCGUCCCUGGUCCUCCCGCAACAGCAGAGACGUUUCCACUGGCACAUCGACCCCCUUUAUCACCCAAUUACACCCCAUCAGAAACCGUAUCAACAGAGUCUCAAUUGAAAGAAAAGACUUUCUGGCAAACCGCCCUAGACGAGACAAAGUAUUUCGCGGGCGGGCUGAUAAGUCAUCCGUUCGAGUACACCAAGCACUACUCCAUCCUCCGCCACUCGGGCGCGCUCGUAUGGUACCGCGGCCCCUCAACCUCUAUCACCAUCACAAUCUUCUCCGAUGCUCCUCUGCCAGCAACCCGGACAGUAUGGCUGCAGCAGAAGGGCUUCUCAGGCAACAUGGGCAUGAAUCUCAAGUCUCUGGUUGGCGCAAACACAUCAUGGCUCGACGUGACGCCUUCUAUGCAGGGGACACCCGCGGCCAUGACCGAGGGCGAUGAGAGGGGCUGUCAGCGCGACUUGAAGAAGUUUCUCAAAAAGGCACCCAAGAAUCUGGCAAAGCAUAUGCCCAGAGAGACACACGUCGUGCGCAUACCCGCGGCCGCCGAUGAUGGGUACUUCCGGCUCGUGCUAUGCACUGGAGGCGGUGGUGACGGGGGCAAGAGGAAGGUUCUUUGCCCAAGCCCCGUCUUCCGUGUUGCGAGUACGUCUGCGGAUAUGAGUGUUACACGCGGCGCGAGCUUUGCCAGCAUGCCUCUGGAGCUAGGGAUCAAGGCCGGGUCUGUCGUAGCCACGACUGUCGUCAAUAGGUAUAUCGGACCAGCUGCCGCUGUGGUCCAGUCUAGAACGAAGAAGAUCUCGCAAGCAAAGUUUGUGACGAAGCACGCCGCUCAUAUCGCUUACGCAAAGUCGGGCAUAGAAAAGUCCGGCAUCAAGACGCAUGUCACGGCAUACGAGGAACAGUAUGCCUCCACAAGGAGUGGGGGAUACGACGCCUGGCAGUCCGGUGAAGCUGGGUUCCAAGAAGCCCCUCCCGAAGUAAUUGGUCCCGACUCCGGUCCUACCAAUCCAUUUCCAAUCAAGUUCGACGGCAAAAUUGUCCGCGGUACAGGAAGAGGAGGGAUGGAACUGGGCAUCCCGACAGCGAACCUCGAGGGUAUACCAGAAGACGUGAGGAUGCGAAUGCGUGGCGUUUACUUCGGCUGGGCGAGGGUCGUUCCCCGAUCCGGACUGGAAGCAAUAUCGAUAGACUGGCACGAGAGCAUCAUCACCGUCGGCCCCGCACCGUAUGCCACACCACGUGUAGCCGCUAAGAACGUCGCCACGGUUCACCUGAUCCACGAGUUUGGCGGCGCUCUGUUCCUCGACACAAAGCUCAAGGUUCUCGUCAUGGGCCAGUUGCGGAUGGCUGCGCCUCCCGUUGCUGGCUCUGAAGCCGCGCUUGAGGCCUACGGGGCGGAUGUAUUGCUCACUGUGGCUAGUCUGAGCCGUGACAACUGGUGUCCCAUCGAGACGCGGGAGAGGAUGAGAACCAUGCGGAGCGAGAUGAGCUUGGCUGAUCGAUAUGUUGAGACGAGGGACAGAGUUCAGAAACAGGUAGACCGUAUGCCGGUUCACUUGGCUGGGGUGAGAACGGAGGGUGCUGCCUUGAGAGACCGGGCAUACGGGAAUGGGGGAAUUUGGAUCCCGAGAUGA